CCGCUGCCCGCGUCUCCCGGUGUCGCAGCCGCGGGAAGCGGCUCCCCGGCGUCUUCCUCCGCGCCUUCUUCCCCUCGCCCCCGCCGGGCCCGCUUGUUGCGCCGCCCGCGGCCUGCGGGAGCCGCUCGCCCGUCCCGGCGCCGGCCUUGCGCUCGCGUCUGCGCCGCCUUUUCCCUCGGCUUCCCGGGGCCCGCACCUCAAGUCUCGCCCGCAAGACCCGGCCCGAUCCCGCCGCACGCACAAAAUGUCGGCCCGGACGCCAUUGCCGACGGUGAACGAGCGGGACACGGAGAAUCAUACAUCUGUGGAUGGAUACACCGAACCGCACAUCCAGCCUACCAAAUCAAGUAGCCGACAGAACAUUCCCCGGUGUCGAAACUCCAUUACAUCAGCAGCAGAUGAGCAGCCUCACAUUGGAAAUUAUCGUUUACAGAAAACAAUAGGGAAAGGAAAUUUUGCUAAAGUCAAAUUGGCAAGACAUGUUCUGACUGGUAGAGAGGUUGCUGUGAAAAUAAUAGACAAAACUCAGCUAAAUCCUACCAGUCUACAAAAGUUGUUUCGAGAAGUACGAAUCAUGAAGAUAUUGAAUCAUCCUAAUAUAGUAAAAUUAUUUGAAGUUAUUGAAACAGAGAAGACCCUCUAUUUAGUGAUGGAAUACGCCAGUGGGGGUGAAGUAUUUGAUUACUUAGUUGCCCAUGGAAGAAUGAAAGAGAAAGAGGCCCGUGCAAAAUUUAGGCAGAUUGUAUCUGCUGUACAGUAUUGUCAUCAAAAGUGCAUUGUUCACCGUGAUCUUAAGGCUGAAAACCUUCUCCUUGAUGCGGACAUGAAUAUUAAAAUUGCUGACUUUGGUUUUAGUAAUGAGUUUACAGUUGGGAACAAAUUGGAUACAUUUUGUGGAAGCCCACCCUAUGCUGCUCCUGAGCUUUUUCAAGGGAAGAAGUACGAUGGGCCUGAAGUGGAUGUGUGGAGUCUCGGAGUCAUUCUUUACACAUUAGUCAGUGGCUCAUUGCCAUUUGAUGGUCAGAAUUUGAAGGAACUGCGGGAGCGAGUCUUACGAGGGAAAUACCGUAUCCCCUUCUAUAUGUCCACAGACUGUGAAAAUCUUCUGAAGAAAUUAUUAGUGUUGAACCCAAUAAAAAGAGGAAGCUUGGAACAAAUAAUGAAAGAUCGAUGGAUGAAUGUUGGUCAUGAAGAAGAAGAACUAAAGCCGUAUACGGAACCUGAGGCAGAUUUCAAUGACACAAAAAGAAUAGACAUUAUGGUCACCAUGGGGUUUGCUCGAGAUGAGAUAAACGAUGCCUUAAUAAAUCAAAAAUAUGAUGAAGUUAUGGCCACUUAUAUCCUUCUAGGUAGAAAACCACCAGAAUUUGAAGGAGGUGAAUCCUUGUCCAGUGGGAACCUGUGUCAAAGGUCAAGACCCAGUAGUGACUUAAACAACAGCACUCUUCAGUCCCCUGCUCACCUGAAGGUCCAGCGAAGCAUAUCAGCCAAUCAGAAGCAACGGCGUUUUAGUGAUCAUGCGGGUCCAUCCAUUCCUCCUGCUGUAUCAUAUACGAAAAGGUCACAGGCUAACAGUGUGGAAAGUGAACAGAAAGAGGAAUGGGACAAAGACGUGGCACGUAAACUUGGCAGCACAACAGUUGGAUCGAAAAGCGAGAUGACUACAAGCCCUCUGGUAGGGCCAGAAAGAAAAAAAUCUUCAACUAUUCCAAGUAACAAUGUAUAUUCUGGAGGUAGCAUGGCAAGAAGGAACACUUAUGUCUGCGAAAGGACCACAGAUCGAUACACAGUGAUGCAGAAUGGAAAAGACAGCAGCCUCACGGAGAUGUCUGUGAGCAGCAUGUCUUCUACAGGCGCCACUGUGGCUUCUGCUCUGCCCUCAGCACGGCCUCGCCACCAGAAGUCCAUGUCUGCCUCUGGUCACCCUAUUAAAGUCACACUGCCAACCAUUAAAGAUGGCUCUGAAGCUUACCGACCCAGUACAACCCAGAGAGUGCCUGCUGCCUCCCCAUCUGCUCACAGUAUUAGUGCCACCACUCCAGACCGAACCCGCUUUCCCCGAGGGAGUUCAAGCCGAAGCACUUUCCAUGGCGAACAGCUCCGGGAGCGUCGUAGCGCUGCUUACAAUGGGCCACCUGCUUCACCAUCUCAUGAAACGGGGGCAUUUUCACACGCCAGAAGGGGGACAUCAACUGGUAUAAUCAGCAAAAUAACAUCCAAAUUCGUUCGCAGAAGUACAUCAGGGGAACCAAAAGAAAGAGACAAAGAAGAGGGCAAAGACUCCAAGCCGCGCUCUCUGCGGUUCACAUGGAGCAUGAAGACCACUAGUUCAAUGGACCCCAAUGACAUGAUGCGAGAGAUCCGAAAAGUAUUAGAUGCAAAUAACUGUGACUAUGAACAAAAGGAGAGGUUUUUGCUUUUCUGUGUCCAUGGCGAUGCUAGACAGGAUAGCCUCGUGCAGUGGGAGAUGGAAGUCUGCAAGCUGCCGCGACUGUCACUUAACGGGGUCCGCUUCAAGCGAAUAUCAGGGACGUCUAUUGCCUUUAAGAACAUUGCAUCCAAAAUAGCAAAUGAGCUUAAGCUGUAAAGAACCCAGAUUUACAGGAUCAGGGAAAAGAUAAUCUACAUAUAAGGUACAGUUUUUUGAAUGUACUAGUAAUGCCGAAUGUGAUUGGCCUGUGAAACUUCCCUAUGUAGAAUUUGCCCUUAACGCAAUAAGGUUAUACAUAGUUAUGAACUGUAAAAUUAAAGCUAGUUUGAGCUAUAAUAAAUAUCUCUAGCUAAAAAAUGUAGGGUUCACAUGUACAGGUAAGUAUAUUGUGUAUUUCUGUUCAUUUUCUGUUCAUAGAAUUGUAUAAUAAAACAGAUGAUUGCUUAAAAACUUGUAUAGUUGUCUAGAUUUCUGCACAUAAAUACAUGUUUGAUGCUUCGCAUUGAAAAUGUUCUCCCUCUUAUUUACAUUUUGGUGGGUUUUUAAAAUUCUUACCUCCAUCAUGCAGUUUUGAAAAUUGUGUCCAGAAUUAAAAGUGCACAAAAAUAGUCUUUCCAAUUGUAGCAUGGACUUUUAAAAAUUAUUUUAAAAUCAUGUAUAAAUAGAAGCCAGAAGCUGAUAGAUAGGUCAGCUUCUACUAUACACUGAAUUAUCCCUGCUUAUCUUUGCUUUUACCCUAUCAAUCAAGAUUCAGUUGAAAAAUAUAUUUAGUUGAAAAGAAACAAGGUGUUUACAGUGUUGGCACUUAAUAGUUUUUAAAAAUAAAGUACAUGAAAAUAAAAUAAUACGUUUGCCAUGAGAUAACUAAGAAGUACUGGAGGAGAAAAAAAAAUAAACCUAGAUCAGAUUUCUUUUAAAUUUCCAACUAUUUCCUAGCCCACUGCUAAUUGUAGCAGCAAAAUUAAGAAGAGUAAAUGCAUCAUUUAACUAUUACUGUCACUUAGGUUUGCUGCCUUCAGAAUACCGCAAUGUAAUUGUGGGAGUAUAAUAAUAUUGGGACUGUUCCAUAGCACAAUCUCAUUUUUGCAGUGUUGAUCAAUGCAUCAGUUAAGAAAUAAUGCCACCUCAGGAAUUAACUGGCAUUGAGAACAUUGGCCUCAUUCUCCUUCCAUCUUCUUCAUCCACCCCUCCACAGUGUAUCUGUAAGUACUUAAGAGACUUUUGAGCAAAACAUACAGUUUAUAUGACAGUAAUAUUAUUGGUUUAUGCUUAUGUGGUCGUUCAGUUUUUGUUCCCCUGUAACUUGUUUGUUUUUCAUAUUUUGCCAGAUUUCUUGUAUUUAUUCCACAUCAUCAUGCCCAUAGUGUGCAGCUUUGUAAUGGGCAUUUGCCUUCUUUUCUUUCAUAAUUAGUGAUAUAUGCGAUAUAAAACCACUAGUAAAGGUACAUUUUAAUACUUGUUAUUUUAUACUGAAUUAACCUUGGAGGUUGACUGUGCAAUGUUAUUUAAUGUUGUAAUUAUUGUAAUAUCAGCAUAUGGGACCCAUCUGCACACUCCUGAGAAUAGAAAGUGUAUUCACUUUAUCAGUUUAAAGAAAAAUAAAGCUGUGAUAAAUACUGUACUUUUAACCUACAUUAGGAAGCUAUAAGCGUAGGUGAUGUGCCAUUCCAUGAUGGCUUCAGACUAGGAUGAAUUUUACAUUCUGUACUGUACUGUGAUGUAGCUUCUGUAACAGUUCUGUUCUAAAAUGAAAUGUAUUUUUUGCCUUAGCAAAGAUGGUGUUUGGGAAAACAAAAAAACAACUGUGUAGCUCCUUUUUAACCUAGUGUUCAUUAAAAAAAAAAAUUGAUGCAAAUCUUUAUUCACUUCCACUGGUGCACACUGAAAUUUUACUUGAACAGUUCUCAUAAUAAAGCACUUGUCUUUUGCUCUUUAUCAGAAUGUGAAUCACCUGUUUUCUAAUGUUAAAGUGUUCUGGGAAGUUUAUUACAUGUAUUCCAAAUUCAAUUGACAAGGAGUGAAGCCAUAUAGAUUCUUAAGAUGUCGAUUAGACAGGAAAGAAAAUCCCUUUCCAGAAAUUCUUGUUCUUUAAAUAUUUCAUAGAUAAGUAAAUGGAGAAAGAUAUUGCUCAAUCAUGUCUUUUCCAAGUUAGAAACUGAUAUUUAUCAAAUUUUAAAAUCGUAAUAACUUGUGUUUAUGGAAAGGAAUAUGAC